AAAGAAAGAAGACGAGAAUAAGGCACACAUUUAUUAAGACACAUUCUUUUUCUUGACCAGCAUCAACUAGAGGUCAGAACCAUGAAAUCAGUCCUUAGGUGUGUGACUUUGUGUCUCAUCCUGGCGAUCGCACUCGGCUAUGACUCUGAGGAAAGUAACGAGUCAUAUGAAGUGUUCCUGCCAUCUUACAAUGCAAACAGAUUCAUCAACAAUCAUGGACACAGAUACAACAGAUACAGACCAAAAAUCAAGUCUCCAGCUGAACGUCAGUCUGAGAUUUGCGAGGAUUACUGGCCCUGUCAAGUGAUGGCUCGUCAAUAUGGCUCCCAGUCUGCCUACCAGAAGUACUUCGGUCCACAGCGCCGCAAUGUCGGCCUCCGUUACUGAGCAGACAUGCACGUUGUGGUUGUAUCGAACCACACUGAAUUUCAGCAUUGUAUUAGUGUAAUCAAACUUCACACUACAUUCUUU